CGUACUUCCGCCUCGGUGUCGCUGGGGCCCUGCUGGCGGCGGCGGCCUCGGCGGCGGUGGCAACGCGGUUCGGUCGGUUCCGGGAUCUCUUUCCUGAUCGGCAUUUCCUGCGGGCCACCUGGUCACUGCCUCACGCCCAUCCGCGUGGCUUGGCCAUGCCCAAGUAGUGAGGCCCACGGAGUAUGGACGGGGACGAGCAGUUCUUUGACGCCCUAACAGGCUUGGAUCCAGCCAGCCCUUCUGAAGAGAUUUCGGAGUCGAGCCCGAAAGUUCCCGGGGUGCCUUGUGUUGAUUCUGAGAGGCCGCCUCAGGAGAAUGGCAUCCAGAAACACAGGACAUCGCUGCCAGCACCCAUGUUCACCCGGAGUGAUUUUAGCGUGUGGAGCAUCCUACGGAAAUGCAUUGGCCUGGAGCUGUCGAAGAUCACCAUGCCCAUUGCCUUCAACGAGCCCCUGAGUUUCCUGCAGCGGAUCACGGAGUACAUGGAGCAUGUGCACCUCAUCCACAGGGCAUCAUGCCAGCCGCAGCCCUUAGAGAGGAUGCAGUCUGUUGCGGCCUUCGCCGUCUCAGCUGUAGCUUCCCAGUGGGAGAGGACUGGCAAACCCUUCAACCCUCUGCUGGGAGAGACGUAUGAGCUGGUCAGGGAGGACCUGGGCUUUAGGUUCAUCUCGGAGCAGGUCAGCCACCACCCACCUGUUAGCGCCUUCCACUCUGAGGGCCUCCAGCACGACUUCCUGUUCCAUGGCUCCAUCUACCCCAAGCUCCGUUUCUGGGGGAAGAGUGUGGAGGCCGAGCCACGGGGCACCAUCACCCUGGAGCUGCUGAGGCACCAGGAAGCCUACACGUGGACCAACCCCACAUGCUGUGUGCACAAUGUCAUCAUUGGCAAGCUGUGGAUCGAGCAGUACGGGACAGUGGAGAUUCUCAACCACAGAACGGGAGACAAGUGUGUGCUCCACUUCAAACCCUGCGGGCUGUUCGGCAAAGAGCUCCAUAAAGUGGAAGGCUACAUUCAGGAUAAGAACAAAAAGAAACUCUUCAUGAUUUACGGCAAAUGGACAGAAUGUCUGUGGGGCAUCGACCCUGCUGCCUACGAGAGCUUCCGGAAGGAGCACAAGGGCGGCUCCUCAAGGAGGCCCAGCCUGGAUGGCAGCUUCCGGAAGGCCGACGGGGAUGUGGCAGAGGCGGUGCCCGAGACGCAGGAGACUGUGCAGGUCAUUCCCGGCAGCAAGCUGCUCUGGAGGGUCAACAGCCGGCCCCCCAAUUCCGCCCAGAUGUACAACUUUACCAGCUUCACCGUGAGCCUCAAUGAGCUGCAGGCAGGAAUGGAGAAAAUCCUGGCACCCACAGACUGCCGCCUGCGCCCCGACAUCCGAGGCAUGGAAAAUGGCAACAUGGAACUGGCGAGCCAGGAAAAGGAGCGGCUGGAGGACAAGCAGAGAGAAGCCCGAAAGGAGCGUGCCAGGGAAGAGGUCGAGUGGGAGACACGGUGGUUCCACAGAGGCAAAAACCCGCACACCGGCACCCCCGAUUGGCUGUACAAGGGGGGCUACUUUGAGCGGAACUUCUCACGCUGCCCCAACAUUUAUUGAAGGACAGGGUCUUGUGGCCCAGGCUCUACUCAUACGGAAACUGGGUCCUGGCACUGGCCUGGCCCAUGCUGGACUCAAGGGACCCUGGGAUGUGAACCUCGUCUCUCGUCAUUGUGUCUUCCUCGGAGCUUCCCCAGGACCGCCAUGUCCUCACCGAGGUUUGAUGCAAGACCCCACUGCCCUGUCCCUGUGGGCAUCCGCUGCGGAUCUGAAAGCCCUGGAGCAGGAGACGGUGCAUGGGAAGCGCUCACUGAGAAUCCCUAGGGCCGGUUCACCUCAGACACAUGGGAGUGGGGUCGAUUCAGGCUCCCCUGAGGGGUCUGCAAGAUGCUGGUGUCUGUUUUGACCAGCCCCUGAGGGUGUGAUGACAACUUUCAAGGUGUCUGUUACACCACAAUGACUUUGGAUUGUGAUGCACUGCCAGCCUAGAGUGGCCACUGCAUGGGCACCUGCUGACAGAAAGCCCCAGACGCCCCAGCGUCCCUGGCAGACUUUGCCGGCACCCCCACAUCCAGCCUGUUACACAAAAAUGGAGGUAUCCUCACCUCACACCAAGUGCGCAACAGCAGGCAGGUGGUGCAUGGAGACCCUUUCACCCCUCACAUGUCCUGACAGCUCCCAUUACAUUUGUAAUUAAAACACUCCUGACAGC